CAAAAAUUUUUUGACUCCGGUGAUUAUCAAAUGGCCAAGCAGGCUGGUAAUGGUAAUAAAUUGAUUAAUAAUCGUCCUGUGCAACAAGUAUUGGGUUUUGGUACUGGGGAUACCAUACCAACUCCAGAAACAGUUCCGGCACGCAAGACUUCUAUUAUUCAGCCAAAAUUCAACUCAAGUUCCACUCCAUCAUCCACCACGUGAUUUGUAUGUCUAUUAACGGGUUAUUAAUUAAUUUAAAAAAAAUUUUUAUUCGAUAAUUUAGUCCAAUCAAAUGUAAAUGUUAUUCAUUUUAAUUUUGUUAAUGUUAUGACUUAUGGCCCAUGAAAUAAACAAAAAAUGGCCAUUUGAUUAAACUAUUUUUUUUUUUUUUUUAUUAAUAAUUUUAUCAUUAAUAAGUAAUUGAAUUUUACAGAGAAUUUUGUGUAAUUAUAUUUAUAUUUCAAUUCUAUUCAAACGCUCAUAAUAAAGCAUUUUUUUCCAACAAAGUAACUGAUAUUUAAUAUUAUUAUUAUUUUAAAUUAUUGGUUCCUAAAAUGAUCAAUGUUAUUAGAUGUGUAAGCACGUUCGCUAGUGAGUGUUGUUUCAAUCUAUAACCAGGCUCCAGAGUAAGGCAGUAAUACUUCAGUGUGCUAGUAUCUAGAUAUGUUUUUAAUUUAUUAUUUGUGAGUUAUGAAUACUUAUAAUGUAUUAUGUUUAAUAACUAAAAAUGAUUUGUUUUUCUACAAACUAUGGAUAAUAUACACACAACUUAAAAUUUGUGGUUUGGUAAUCAACAAAAAUACAUUUUUUGAAUAAAACUUAUUUGAGUAUUAA